AUGUCUCUCCUGGACCAGGACGAGGCCGCAGCUUCAUCCCAAGCCCCAAGCCGGAAAGGGAUGGCCAGUGAUGGCCGUUCAUUUUUAUUCGGUCGCAACCCCAGCCAGCGAGAGGAUAUGGAAGGCGAGGAAAGCGAAGCCCUCCUCGGACAGCCCGAAGGUGUUCCCGACGAACUUCAGAUUGUGAACAAGAUCACUGAAUCUACUGGCGGUUCUCGGGUGAUACCGAUCCCCUCGACUGGCUGGCGCUCGUCCUUCCCGCCCAACCUCAUCCGCAACCAAAAGUACAGCGUCAUCUCAUUCCUUCCCAUCGUGUUCUACGAGCAGUUCAAGUUCUUUUUCAAUUUCUACUUUCUGGUCGUUGCCCUCAGUCAAUUUAUACCAGCGCUGAAGAUCGGCUACAUUGUCACAUAUGUGGCCCCUCUCGCAUUUGUUUUGGCGGUGACAAUGGGCAAGGAAGCAUAUGACGACUUCAGUCGUUACCAGCGUGACCAGGAGGCAAAUUCCACUCGGUAUUUGGUUCUGCUUCCCCAUGCCGAUUCCACAGGGCCAGCAAUGGCCCAGGAGGCCGACCUGCCUCGCCCGCAAACUCGUUCUACUCCGUCUUCUUCUAUCAAAGUCGGCGAUAUGGUCUUGCUGGAGAAGAACCAACGUGUUCCUGCGGACAUGGUAUUGUUGACCACGAGCGAGGAGGAAGGCACCUGCUUCAUUCGAACCGACCAGCUGGAUGGUGAAACGGACUGGAAGCUCAAGGUUGCAGUCGGUUCAACUCAGGCGAUGGGUGAGAAGGGUGUGGGCGGCGCGGAAGGUAGUCUUUGCGCCGACCCACCUAUCAAGGACAUUCAUACAUUCUACGGCGUUUUGACCUUGCGUUCAACCGAACCUGGCCCAAUCGAGAGGAAUUCCAUACCUCUAUCCGUCGAGAAUGUGCUUUGGGCCAACACGGUUCUUGCUGCUGGAUCAGCAGUAGGACUGGUCGUGUACACGGGCAAGGACACCAGAGCUGUGCUCAAUACUAGCGAGCCGGAGACGAAGAUGGGCACGCUUGAAAUGGAGGUUAACAAGAUGGCUAAGAUUCUCGCUGCGGUCACAUUUGCGCUCUCAUUUUUCCUGGUUGCUCUCAAUGGAUUCAGAGGGCAAUGGUAUAUCUACGUCUUUCGAUUCCUCAUCCUCUUCUCUUCUAUUAUCCCUAUCAGUUUGCGAGUCAACCUGGACAUGGCCAAGACAUUCUACUCGCGUCAAAUUCAGAAUGACUCUGAGAUUCCAGAGACGAUUGUGCGCACGAGCACAUUGCCCGAGGAGCUUGGCCGAGUCGAGUAUCUUCUUACCGACAAAACGGGAACAUUGACGCGUAACGAGAUGGAGCUUAAGAAGCUCCACAUGGGAACUGUCGUCUUCACGUGGGACUCGAUGGAUGAGGUCACACAUCUUCUGACUCAGAGUUUUGGAGAAGGGACUCAUCGCAGACAAAAUUCUCUCGGACCAGGCGCGAUACCUCGUGGAAGGCGUGACAUUGCAACCCGGGUCAAGGACGCUGUUCUGGCGUUGGCUACGUGCCACAACGUUACUCCUGUUGCCAACGAUGAUGGCACCGUCACCUACCAAGCGUCAUCACCCGAUGAGGUGGCCAUCGUUCAGUGGACGGAGUCAGUUGGUCUGACCCUCGUUCAUCGCGAUCGUACCAGCAUGACUAUUCGCUCCCGAACCAAUCAAACCUUGGAGUUCGAUAUUCUCACCAUCUUCCCGUUCACCUCCGAGUCAAAGCGCAUGGGUAUUAUCGUUCGCGAGAGGGCAACAGGGACCAUGAUGUUUGUUCAAAAGGGCGCCGACGUCGUCAUGUCUGGAAUUGUCCAGAAGAACGACUGGCUAGACGAGGAGUGCGGCAAUAUGGCAAGAGAGGGCUUGCGAACGCUCGUUGUUGGCCGCAAGAAACUCUCGGAUGAGGCGUACCAAGACUUUGAUCGUCGAUACCGCAACGCUCAACUCCUUGCUGGAGACGAGAGGGUUGAUGCCAUCCAGACUGUCAUCAGCGAGUGCCUUGAAACCGACCUGGAGCUCCUGGCCCUCACGGGAGUGGAGGAUAAACUCCAAGACGACGUCAAGUCCACUCUCGAGUUGAUGCGAAACGCCGGACUCAAGAUCUGGAUGUUGACAGGAGACAAGAUCGAAACCGCCACCAAUAUCGCCGUGUCAAGUAAACUGGUGUCUCGCAAUCAAUACAUCCACCAGGUCGCAAAGUUGAAAACGUCUGACCAAGUGCGGGACAUGCUCGACUUUGUGCAGGCUAAACUCGACUGCUGUCUCGUCAUCGACGGCGAGUCCCUUCAGCUCUGUCUGGACCGUUUCCGCACCGAGUUUGUUAUUUUGGCAACUCGACUUCCUGCUGUCGUUGCUUGCCGUUGUUCGCCUACCCAAAAGGCCGACGUCGCAAAGCUCAUCCGCCAGUAUAGCAAGAAAACGGUCUGCUGUAUCGGCGACGGCGGUAACGACGUUAGCAUGAUUCAAGCGGCUGAUGUUGGCAUCGGUAUUGUGGGCAAAGAAGGCAAGCAGGCGUCCCUUGCUGCCGACUUUUCGAUCAAUCAAUUCUCGUACCUCACCAAGCUCCUUCUGUGGCACGGCCGAAACUCAUACAAGCGUUCUGCCAAGCUUUCACAGUUUGUCAUUCAUCGUGGCUUGAUCAUUUCGGUCAUUCAAGCGGUCUUCAGCUCGAUAUUCUUCUUUGCGCGAUGGCUUCAAGUGGGGUACGCGACAGUGUAUACGAUGGCCCCUGUUUUCUCACUUGUUCUUGACCGCGACGUCAGCGAGGAGCUGGCUUUGCUCUACCCCGAGCUGUACAAGGAGCUCACCAAGGGUCGCUCGCUCAGCUACAAGACCUUCUUCACCUGGCUUACCAUUAGCGUUUACCAAGGUGGCAUCAUUAUGCUGCUGUCCUUGCUUCUUUUCGAGUCAGAAUUCCGCCAUAUUGUUGCAAUCUCCUUCACUGCGCUUGUCACCAACGAAUUGAUCAUGGUCGCAUUGGAGAUCACCACUUGGCACGUCUACAUGGUUCUCAGUGAGCUGGGUACGGCGGUCGUAUACUUCGGCUCCAUGGCUGUGCUCCCGGCAUACUUCGACCUCCACUUUGUCCUGUCAAAAACCUUCGUCUACAAGGUGGCCAUUAUUGUGGCCAUCUCUAGCUUUCCCCUAUACGUGAUCAAGGCAUUGCACCAGCGAUUCAAUCCCGCAGCAUAUGCCAAGGUCUCUGGGGUCUAG